AGACAAUUAUAUCCAAGUUGUAUCUUUUCCUCUCUUCUCCCUCACACUUUCUUUAAAUCUUCUCUCAUUCAUCUUCCCUUUUCACAUCAUAAAUCUCUCUCUCCAGAUCCAAACCCAGAAAGACAGAGAGAUGGAAUUUGAACAACAACAAGUGACCAGGUGGAUUGGCUAUGUGGACUGGAGGAACAGACCUGCCCUCAGAGGAAAACAUGGUGGCAUGCUUGCAGCUUCCUUUGUUUUGGUGGUGGAGGUAUUGGAGAAUCUUGCAUUUUUAGCAAAUGCAAGCAACUUGGUGUUGUAUCUAAAGAAAAAUAUGCACUUUUCACCAACAAAAUCUGCAAACAAUGUAACAAAUUUCAUGGGAACAGCUUUUCUUCUUGCUUUGCUUGGUGGUUUUUUAUCUGAUGCAUUUUUUACAACUUAUCACAUCUACCUGAUAAGUGCAGCUAUUGAGUUCCUGGGACUAAUUGUACUCACAAUACAAGCAAGUGUGUCUUCACUUCAACCUCCACACUGUGACCCAACAAUUUCAUGUGAAGAAGUUAAUGGUGCAAAAGCAUUAAUGUUAUUUGGUGGAUUAUAUCUAGUUGCUCUUGGAACUGGAGGAAUUAAGGGAUCAUUGGCACCACAUGGUGCUGAACAAUUUGAUGAGGACAGUGUUUCUGGAAGGAAACAAAGAUCAACAUUCUUCAACUACUACAUCUUUUGUUUAGCAUGUGGUGCUCUUAUUGCUGUUACUUUUGUUGUUUGGAUUGAAGAUAAUGUUGGAUGGAAAUGGGGUUUUGGAAUCUCUACUAUUAGUAUAUUUCUUUCUAUUCCUGUGUUCUUGGCUGGUUCUACUAAGUAUAGGAACAAGAUACCUACUGGGAGUCCUCUUACAACCAUUUUGAAGGUUUUGGUAGCAGCAGCAAUGAACAACUGCAUAUACAAAAACUCCAGCAGUGCUGUUGUGAACUUGACAUCAAGCCCAUCACAUCCAAACUCAGUCAGAAAACAAGAAAACGAAGAAUCAUCAUCGAAACGAAUCAAGGAAAUACAAACUCCAACAAAUACACUAAGAUUCCUCAACAGCGCAAUUGAAAACGAAACAAUAAAAUGUUCCGUCCAAGAACUCGAAGAUGUAAAAAUAGUCUUAAAAAUCCUCCCAAUAUUCGGCUGCACAAUUGUCCUAAACUGUUGCCUAGCUCAACUAUCAACAUUCUCAGUCCAACAAGCCGCGACAAUGAACACGAAACUUGGUUCAUUAAAAGUACCACCAGCUUCAUUACCAAUUUUCCCAGUAGUCUUCAUAAUGAUGUUAGCUCCAAUUUAUGACCACAUUAUAAUACCCUUUGCAAGAAAAUACACAAAAUCAGAAAUGGGAAUAACUCAUCUUCAAAGAAUUGGAAUUGGACUAGUCCUAUCAAUAAUUGCAAUGGCAGUGGCAGCACUUGUUGAAGUGAAAAGAAAAAGGGUAGCAACAGAUUCAAAUCUUUUAGAUGAUGCAACAAAACCAAUUCCAAUAACAUUCUUUUGGAUUGCUUUUCAGUAUUUGUUUCUUGGUUCAGCUGAUCUUUUCACUAUGGCUGGUUUAUUGGAAUUUUUCUUCACAGAGGCACCAAUUAAAAUGAGAUCUUGGGCUACAUCACUUACUUGGGCUUCUUUGGCAUUAGGAUAUUACUUAAGUUCAGUGAUUAUAUCAAUAGUUAAUAGUGUUACUGGUAAUUCCUCUCAUAAACCUUGGCUAUCUGGUUCUAACCUUAACCAUUAUCAUUUAGAGAGGUUUUAUUGGCUUAUGUGUGUACUUACUGGGUUGAAUUUUCUGCAUUAUCUGUUUUGGGCUAUUAGAUACAAGUAUAGAGGAACCGGUAACUACUAGUGAUGAGUGAAGAUUAGGAAUGUUGUUGAUAAAGUUAAAUUUUUCAAAUGGCACUUCACAAUAAGUACUUUUUUCUGACAAAAUAUAAUAAGUACUUUUUACGUUGU